UUUUGAUGGUUGAAUUUGGUCGGAUGUUGCGGUUUGCUGCCAAAACCGACAUGUCUUCUUUAAAUUUAAAUCUUUUAGUGUGUACUGUGCUAUGUGUCCUAGUUUCUUCAAAUACGCAAACAGUUCAUAGACGUUUUGAAUAUAAAUACUCAUUUAAGCCCCCAUAUUUAGCCCAAAAAGAUGGAUCGGUGCCUUUCUGGGAAUACGGUGGAAAUGCCAUCGCGUCAGGCGAGAGCGUGCGUCUAGCGCCGUCGCUCCGCAGCCAGAAGGGCGCGAUAUGGACCAAGAACCCCAUCAACUUCGACUGGUGGGAGGUCGACGUCAUGUUCAAGAUCUCCGGUCGCGGCAGGAUCGGUGCUGAUGGACUGGCGUUCUGGUACACGACGCAACGCGGCGAAUACACGGGCGACGUGUUCGGCUCGUCGGACCGCUGGAACGGCCUCGGCGUCAUCUUCGACUCCUUCGAUAACGACAACAAACACAACAACCCCUACAUCAUGGCCGUCGUCAACGAUGGCACCAAGAGCUUCGAUCAUAAGAGUGACGGGUCGACGCAGCUGCUGUCGGGCUGCCUGCGCGACUUCCGCAACAAGCCGUACCCGACGCGCGCCCGCAUCGAAUACUACCUCAACACCCUCACAGUAUACUUCCACAACGGUCUGACGAACAACGAGGCGGACUACGAGCUGUGUUUCCGCGCUGAGAACGUGGUGCUGCCGCGCGGCGGUUACCUGGGGCUGUCGGCGGCGACGGGCGGGCUCGCCGACGACCACGACGUUGUGCACCUGCUCACCACCUCGCUGCAUACCACGCAGCAGCCCGGCGGCCAGCAAAUGAGCAGCGAUGAACAGCAGAAACUGUCUCAAGAAUACCAGGAGUAUCAGAAGAAAUUGGAGCAACAGAAAGAGGACUACAGGAAAGAGCAUCCCGAUGAAGUGCGUGACAGAGACGGCGAGAUGGAGGACUGGUUCGAAUCGGACGGCCAGAGGGAGUUGCGGCAGAUUUUCCAGGGGCUCGGACAAGUGCAAGACGUUAUGAGGGACCUGCACAAGAAAGUUGACGAGGUGAUCGGCAAACAGAUGAACUCUCUGUCGAUGUUGACGGCGGUGUACAGCCACACGCAGGGUCAGCCGCUGCAGCCCGCGCAGCCGCCGCAACCCGGACAGGUGCAGCAGCUCCCCGGCAUGCCGAUAACCCGUCAGGACUGGGACGUGCUCACCGCCAACAACCAGCUCAUGAUCAACACCAUCGCCGAGCUCAAGGGCUUCAUAAUCGACGUGACGCGCAAGUCUGACGCGAUCCUGGCGGCGGGCGGCGGCGGCACGGUGCAGGGCACGGUCGUCAACCCGCAGUUCCUCUCCGAAGUGCGCGACAACCUCAGCCAGCUGAAAAACACCCUCGCUGGAGUACAGCAGAGGGUGAACAUGCCGCAGGCGGCGCCGAUGUCGUCGUGUCCGAGCGUGUCGUGCGCCUCCACCGGCAUGCUGCUCACGCUGCUCGUUGGUCAUCUCAUCCUCAUGUUCCUAUACGCGCUCUACAAAGAAAGGAAGGAGGCGCAAGCGAAAAAGUUCUUCUGAGUCCGUAGAUGUGUGGACACUACUCACUUGCGGUACAUUGUAAGCUCUUCUGCAUUUGUUCAACAUUCUGUCACAAUAAUAUUGUAUAGAGCUCGAUUUUCUUUCACUUUUUGAUACGUUCACAUAAUUUUUGAACCAAUCAUGUUCGUAACUGUUAAGUUAUAUUUUUUUUAAUGCCGUCCAGGUUGGUCCAGACGUUUAUGUGAAUUUUUUAUUUCCAAUGUUGAUCAACAUAAUCUACAUUAUGACUAAGAUCAACUCUUCUAUGUUAAGUUUUGGGGACAAAUAAGUGUAUGUUGCAUUACAAAAUAAUUUUUGUUAAAAUCAUUCCCGCGACCCAAAUUUAGCCAAACCUUGCGGCAAAGAUUACAUAGGGACCGAAUUUAAUCUAAUUCGUAUUAAAUAAUUCUAACAUUCAAAGAAUGGUUAAAAUAUAAUU